CCGAGAGAGAAGGCAUCGUGUGAUCGUGAUCGCGGUUUGCAUCGCAGAGAGAAACACGGGGUUUUGGAUUUGUAGUCUGUUGAAAGUUAAAACGUCAUCUCAAUCAUUUUAGUGAAAAAUACUGAAUAGUACGCUAAAUCGUAAACUGGAUUAUUAAUUCUUAUAUUAAUUAUACAGCAAAAUGCCGGCCGCGCGAGGCGUAAAACGGUCAGCGUCGAAAGCUUCGACAUCUGCGGCGGCGACGGAGCCCAAAAAUAAGAAAAAACGCGGGGUGAUCCAACUCGAGAUUCCGAGUGCGCCAAAGCGGAGGGGAUGUGUCUAUACGUGCGGACAGGGGGAUGUGGGGCAGUUGGGCCUUGGCGAAGACGUGAUGGAGACUACCAAAUUCAAACAAGUGACGAAGCUGCCGAACAAAAUAGUGGAGGUUAUUGCUGGUGGAAUGCACACACUUGCGUUGGACAGUGAUGGAAAGGUGUGGUCGUGGGGCUGCAACGACGAGGGCGCUCUAGGGCGGGCUACAAGCGGGGACACCGAGGAGGGCACACCGGGACAGGUGUCCCUCCCGAGUCCCGCUGUGGCCCUGUCGGCCGGGGACAGCCACUCGGCAGCACUCUUGAGCGAUGGACAGGUGUGGGCGUGGGGUUCCUUCCGCGAUUCCCACGGCUCCAUGGGUCUCGUAGUCCAAGGGCGAGAGGGCAAGCCGUGUCGGGAGCCGGUGCCGUUACCGCUGCCGCCAGCCGCCGCGCUGGCCUCCGGCGGCGACCAUCUUGUCGUGUUGGACCUCUCCGGUAAUGUCUACACGAUGGGUUGCGGCGAGCAAGGACAGCUAGGGCGGUUGACGCAGCGGUCCGCGUCGCGUGGAUCUCGACAGGGUUUCGGGGCGUUGCUAGUCCCGGCGAAAGUGACAGUCAAGGGGGGCGGAGUGGGCGUGUCCGCCGUGUGGGCGGGGUCGCACGCCACUUUCGCGGUGUCGGGAGGCAAAGUGUUGGCGUGGGGCCUCAAUAACUAUGGACAGCUGGGUAUAACGGGUGAAAAGCGCAAGACGGCACUAUUCGCGCCAACAGAAUGCGACGCGUUGCCCGCUGAUGAGUGGAAGUGUUUCUCUGCGGGCCAGCACCAUACAAUAGCGCUGAACGCAGAGGGGAAGGUGUACGCUAUUGGACGCUGUGAAUAUGGCAGGUUAGGUCUAGGAGACCGAGUCGGUGAUGCGGAAACACCAGAAAUUGUCCCGAAGUUACAGAACAAGAAAUGUGUCAGUAUAAGCACGGGGACGAGUAAUAGUUUUGCUGUUACUGAUACAGGCGAAGUAUACGGCUGGGGCAUGGGCAGCGAAGGUCAACUCGGAACCGGGAAAUCCAACGACGAGAACGCGCCGUGUCCCGCCGUGCUGGCGGCGGUGAGCGGCCGCGUGCCCAUCCGCGUCGCCGCCGGCGGACAGCACACGGUGUUGCUGGCGGAGGAUCCAAACGCACCUAAAGAUCCCUCUCCGGAACCCAAGAAGCAGAAAGAAGACGACAAGAUAGAGGAAGAAGAAGAAAAAGAGGAAAAAGUGGAAACAAAGAAACCGAGGCCGAACAAGAGACAGAAGAAACAGGAGCAAGAUGAGGAGAUAUCUUCAACGUCAAGCGCCCAGCCAUCUACAGAUGAGCCUGAGGAGAAAAAGACGAAGGCAUCAAAGACUAAGACUAAGAAGGCAUCGAAAGUAAAUGGGGAUAAGAAGAAGGAGACGGCUAUGGAGGUUGAUGAGACUGAUUCAGCAAAACCAGAAGAUAAACCAGAAAACAAAGAAGACAAACCGACAGAAACACAACCAGACAAACCGGAACCGGAACAGAAAUCCGAAUCAGAGAACAUGGACACAUCGAGUCAAGAUACAACGGACAGUGAGAAACCUGAAGAUAAAGACGUUGAGAUGAAACCGGAAGUCAACGGGAUGGAACAGGACAGCAAACCGGAGAAACCGGACAGCAAAGAGACCAAACCGGAAGCGAUACCAAGUGAGACUGUUACAGCGUGAUGGUAAUUGGGAUUUUGACUGUAAAGUAGGUAAUGAACGUAUAUGCCAGCGUUUUUGGUGUGAAGGUUAGACCGCAUUACGCACACUUCACGGCAAAAUAUUAUUUUUAUAAAAUCGUUAAUCUGAAUGUAGUUUUUCUUUCUUCGGAGUGACCGACCAAAAAUUCAAAUAAAAUGUUACUUUAUGUACUCAGCUUUUCAUUUUGGAUUACCGACUUACUAUGAACAACGCUGGUCAAGCUGACUAAAACGAAAAUCUGCUUAGAAAAUCGGAAAGCUACAUUUAACGAUUUCAUACAAAGAAUAUUUGGUUGUGAUGUGUCUAGUGUCUACCUUUACGCAUGAUUCCUAUUUUUAUUAACUUUAUCUUCCUUACAAAUAAAACUUAAGUCGGUCUUUCGUCACAUGUCACGACAUAGUUGUCAUAUGUCACGAUAUAGGUGUCAUAUGUCACAAUGUAGCUGCCGUAUGUCACGAUAUAGGUGUCAUAUGUCACAAUGUAGCUGUCGUACGUCUGUUUGACACGGAAGACCCCUACAGCUAAGAAGCUCCAUCUGGUGGCAAAUGAAAUAUCGACCGCGUCGCUAUUUAAAUAAAUCGUUAUACAAGCAAUUGCUUGUGAUCUCGCGUUAU